CCCAGGACAAUUAACUUGUACGGACAAUCCAGGAAAUUUAAUUUAGCAAUCUGAUGAUUGAUGCUAAUUUCAACUUGUUUAUAGCAUACAGGGUCGUCACUAUCAAACAAAUCAUGGGGGAGGGUCUUUCUUAUCCAAACAAAUAUCUGAAGGAACUUCCUUCUUUUUAUCCUUUUGCAUUGUUUUUGUUAUGUUCUUUUAUUUUUGCAUUAAACAAUGCAAUCCAACUCUCUCCCCAGGCAUUAUAAAUAAGAGAUGAUGAAAUCUCAAAGUCCACCAGAACUAAGCCUUAGCACAUUUAAGCUUCCUACAAUAAGCCUUCUCACUUGUCUGCCUGUUCACCUUUCUUUCAAGCUUAAUUCUGCUAGAUCUUUUCAGCUUCUUUUGCCACUUAGCUGCAUUGUUUGUAACUUUCUAAUUUUUCAGAUUGAAUUUGUUUCCUUUCUUAACAAAAUCAACGAAAGCAGCUUGUCGUAAUGGACAGAGUAAGAGAUCUGGCAUCGAAGAAGGCUGCUGUGAUAUUCACUAAGAGCUCAUGUUGCAUGUGCUAUAGCAUCAAGACACUUUUUUAUGAGCUUGGCGCUAGCCCUGCAAUUCAUGAGCUUGACCAUGAUCCUAGUGGGAGAGAUAUGGAGUGGGCUCUAAGAGGGCUAGGGUGUGAUCCCUCAGUCCCAGCUGUGUUCAUAGGUGGAAGAUUUGUAGGCUCGGCAAAGGAUGUCAUAUCCCUUCAUGUAGACGGAUCACUGAAACAAAUGCUCAUAGAUGCAAAGGCCAUCUGGUUCUAGCAAUGAUAAAAGCAACUUGCCUACUCAAAUUGGCAAACUAAGUACUCUGUGAAAAUAAAUCCGAAAGAGAAAAUGUUGUAUUAGGGGCUUUGCUUUUUCUUGAGUUCCUUGAAUACAUUGUAUGAAAAACAUGACACUUCUUGAGAACAGCCUAAACAGUUUAUAGUACAUAGAAUCUUAAAUAUUUAUUGGUGACUGCUUCCAUUUCCAUGGAUAUGAUAACAUAAUG